CUCCUCUUACCUCCUCGUCGUUGGAGAAACGAUGGCGAGCACUUCAGCUAAACAAGGACCUAAAAUUGUCUCCAAAUCCUCAGCAGGAGGCGGCGGGGCGGCGGGGGUCGGCGGUGGGCCCCCGAUAAUGCCUCUCGCCUCUCCGCUGAUGGGGAAAAAGAAGAAGCCGUUUCUGGGGAUGCCCGCUCCGCUGGGCUACGUCCCCGGUCUGGGCAGAGGUGCAACUGGUUUCACCACACGAUCUGAUAUCGGUCCUGCUCGUGAUGCCAAUGAUCCAGUGGAUGACCGACAUGCACCGCCAGGGAAGAGGACAGUUGGGGACCAAAUGAAAAAGAACCAGGAUGAUGAUGAUGAAGAUCUGAACGACACUAACUAUGAUGAGUUUAAUGGAUACGCGGGUAGCUUGUUUUCUAGUGGGCCCUAUGAGAAGGAUGACGAAGAAGCAGAUGCUAUAUAUGCAGCACUGGACAAAAGGAUGGAUGAAAGACGCAAAGAAAGAAGGGAACUGAGAGAAAAGGAAGAAAUUGAGAAAUACCGUAUGGAGCGACCCAAAAUCCAGCAACAAUUUUCAGAUUUAAAGAGGAAGUUGGCAGAGGUGUCAGAGGAGGAGUGGCUGAGCAUCCCUGAGGUGGGAGAUGCCAGGAAUAAGCGCCAGAGAAAUCCCCGCUAUGAGAAACUCACCCCUGUCCCCGACAGCUUCUUUUCCAAACACCUGCAGACCGGAGAGAACCACACCACUGUUGACCCUCUGCAAGGGCUGGGAGGUCUGAACACACCUUAUCCAGGAAGCAUGACCCCAGGGACAGGAGAGCUGGACAUGAGGAAAAUUGGUCAGGCCAGAAACACACUCAUGGAUAUGAGGCUGAGCCAGGUGUCUGACUCAGUGAGCGGACAGACAGUGGUGGAUCCUAAGGGCUACCUGACAGAUCUCAACUCCAUGAUCCCCACACAUGGAGGAGACAUCAGUGACAUCAAGAAGGCUCGUCUACUACUGAAAUCGGUGAGAGAGACCAAUCCUCAUCAUCCGCCUGCCUGGAUUGCCUCUGCCAGGCUGGAGGAGGUGACUGGCAAACUGCAGGUGGCCAGGAACCUGAUUAUGAAAGGCACAGAGAUGUGUCCCAAGAGUGAGGACGUGUGGCUGGAGGCAGCCAGGCUCCAGCCCGGCGACACAGCCAAAGCCGUUGUAGCCCAGGCUGUCCGCCACCUGCCACAGUCCGUCCGCAUCUACAUCAGAGCUGCAGAGCUGGAGACAGACAUCAGGGCCAAGAAAAGAGUCCUCAGGAAGGCCUUGGAGAACGUGUCCAAGUCAGUUCGACUGUGGAAGACAGCUGUUGAGUUGGAGGAACCAGAGGAUGCCAGGAUCAUGCUAAGCAGAGCUGUGGAGUGUUGCCCUACUAGUGUGGAGUUGUGGCUGGCACUGGCCCGGUUAGAGACGUAUGAGAACGCCCGGCGUGUCCUGAACAAAGCUCGAGAGAACAUCCCCACCGAUCGCCACAUCUGGAUCACUGCUGCCAAGCUGGAGGAGGCCAAUGGCAACACUCAGAUGGUGGACAAAAUCAUCGACAGAGCCAUCACUUCUCUACGCGCCAACGGUGUGGAGAUCAACAGAGAGCAGUGGAUACAGGAUGCAGAGGAGUGUGACAAAGCAGGCAGUGUGGCUACAUGCCAGGCCGUGAUAAGGGCCGUAAUAGGGAUUGGCAUUGAGGAAGAGGAUCGCAAACACACCUGGAUGGAGGAUGCAGAUAGUUGUGUGGCCCAUGGAGCACUGGAGUGUGCUAGGGCCAUCUAUGCCCAUGCUCUGCAGGUGUUCCCCAGUAAAAAAAGUGUCUGGCUUAGAGCUGCCUACUUUGAGAAGAAUAAUGGUACCAGAGAGUCUUUGGAGGCCCUGCUCCAAAGGGCUGUGGCUCACUGUCCAAAGGCAGAGGUCCUGUGGCUGAUGGGGGCCAAGUCAAAGUGGCUGGCUGAGGAUGUGCCCGCAGCCAGAAGUAUUCUUGCUCUGGCCUUCCAGGCUAACCCCAACAGUGAGGAGAUCUGGCUGGCUGCUGUCAAACUGGAGUCUGAGAAUAACGAGUAUGAAAGAGCCCGUCGACUGCUGGCCAAGGCCCGCAGCAGUGCCCCAACAGCCAGGGUGUUCAUGAAGUCAGUGAAGUUGGAGUGGGUGUUGGGGAACAUAGAAGCUGCCCAGGAGUUAUGCACAGAGGCCCUAAAACACUACGAGGACUUCCCCAAACUUUGGAUGAUGAGAGGCCAGAUAGAAGAACAGUGUGAAAACAUGGACAAAGCCAGAGAGGCCUACAACCAAGGGUUGAAAAAGUGUCCCCACUCUGUGGGCCUGUGGUUGCUGCUGGCCCGUCUUGAAGAGAGAGUGGGACAGCUGACCAGAGCCAGAGCAAUCCUGGAGAAGGCUCGACUCAAGAACCCUCAGAGCCCCGAGCUAUGGUUGGAGUCGGUGAGGCUGGAGUUCAGGGCUGGACUGAAGAACAUUGCCAACACUCUGAUGGCCAAAGCCCUGCAGGAGUGCCCCAAUUCAGGUAUCCUGUGGGCUGAGGCAGUGUUUUUGGAGGCUAGGCCCCAGAGGAAGACUAAGAGUGUGGAUGCUCUGAAGAAGUGUGAACAUGAUCCCCAUGUUUUGCUUGCUGUAGCCAAAUUGUUCUGGAGUGAGCGAAAGAUAACCAAAGCCAGAGAGUGGUUCCUGAGGACAGUAAAGAUUGAGCCAGACCUGGGAGAUGCUUGGGCUCUCUUCUACAAGUUUGAGCUGCAGCACGGCACAGAGGAACAGCAGGAAGAGGUGCGAAAGCGCUGCGAGAAUGCGGAGCCCCGCCAUGGAGAGUUGUGGUGUGCCGAGUCCAAACAUGUCCUCAACUGGCAGAAGAAGACAGGAGAGAUCUUAGCAGGGGUAGCCAGCAAGAUCAAGAACACAUUCUGAGCCUUGGUGAAUUUGGACUGAAACACCUGGAGGACUCUGGCAGUCACCAGUCAAGCAGGAAACAGCUAUGGACAUGCUCAACUAUUGUUGUCUACCAGAACUCGCGUGUCUGUGCCAGAAACAAAGUAUUCAUACCUAUUCUCUUACCUUUGUCAGGGUUUAUUGUUUUACAAAACUGAAUCACAGUUUAUCAACAGAAAAUUAUGAUUAAAUGUCAAAGUGAAAACAAGGUGCCAAUAAAAAACUCAAAAUCGCUUAUCACCCUCUUCAAGUGAAUAAGGAGUGACACUAGCAGGAUUUGUGAAUAGUCAUAGUAUAGUGAAUCUAUAGCUCUAUAGUGAAUAGUUUGAGUCUAUAGACUCAACCACUCAAAAACAUAUUAUUUUAAGCCAUUCCUCCAUUGAUUUUGUUUUAUGUUUGAGGUGCUGAGAAGUAACCUCUCUCCCAAGUGUGCUUACAGACUGUUGCAGUUUGUUCUCAUUUUACCCAAACCCUGCAACAAAGAAGAAUCCCCUCAGUGUGAGGUUGCCUCCAUCACUUGAUGGUUGAGAUGGUGUGUUUCUGAUAGUGUGGCUUGUUUUGCUUUACACAAAAAUAUAGCUCAGUAUGAUGGUUGAAUGUAAUGUUGGUCUCAUUAGACCAAAGAACCUUUUUCCACUUUGUUUCAGCCUCCCACAUGCAUUCUGGCAAACACUAGCUCAGAUGUUACAUGAGUAGUUUGCUUCUCUUUGCAACACCAGCUGCACCUGGUGACUCAACCUGGCUACUGUUUAAAUAUUUCUGAGUGACUAAAGAGAAACACACCUCCUCUACUGAGGUACUGGCUUAAUCCAUGAAUCUGUAAAUCAACUUUAGCAUAAUUCCUGAAGACAAAUGUUUUACAGAUUCAUGAAUUAAAAGGUAACAUCAGAGUUCUGAGUUCUGUUCUUUAUCUUCUGAUAUAUGUUCUAAACUCUGUAGCUUCAUCAGAGUUAUGCUGUGUGAAACUCAGCACAUAUUGACCACAUCAGUAACUUUCAUGCACAAUAUCAAAGAUUCGUUUGGAAUGUUUGCCUGUGUGAAGUAGUUUUGCCUUGAGAUUGACUAGCUGAUGAACUUUGUAGAUGUGUAUCUAACCUUAACUCACUGAAUACACUCAAUGCCACUCGUUAGGUAGUAACAUGAUUGGGGAAGUCGAUUAAAGUGCAGAGGUACAUGAGACCGCAGGUAUUGGCAUUGAAUACAUGUGAGCUAAUGAUGAAGCAGUAGUAGGUGGUGUAAAUACUGUGGUAACACUUCUUGUUAAGUGAGUUGCACAAUUAAUGAAUUAUAAAUAUUCAUAUAAAGAAAGGCAACAUUAUGAUUAUUGACUAUAAUCACCAUGUGUAAACAACUUAUGCAACUAUCUUGGCAGCUACGCUUUAAUUUCAUCUUCUGACAACUUUGACAAACUUCUGACAAACAUUUAUUCAGACGGUACUGUAACAAGCACCCAUGUGAAAUACUUGCUACUAGUCAGUAUUGUUUGGCUGCACUGUUGGUCCACAUUGUAUUUUUUUAAAACAGCUGUACAAUCUGUUGAUUUAGGUUAGCAUGCGCUGAAUUAAAAUACAGUGAAAAGCAUCGCAAACCAGCACAAACCAGCACUGCGCUGUCCAGGUUUUGGAGCAUAUUCACUUGUCACUCCUCGAUUACACUCAGGUGAUCUCCAUGCAACUAGAUGUUGCACCUGAAUGAUGUAGGCAGGGUUGGAAAUUAACUUUAUUGUCGACCUGCCACCGUGGCUAGCAGAUUCCAAAAUCUACCGGCCACUCAAUAGUUUACCAUUGUUUUUGUACCUGGCAGAUGAAGCAAAUUUAGCAGCCACUUGCAUAUUUUACCACCACUGGUUUGGUCGGCUGGUGCUUAUUUCCAACCCUGGAUGUAGGUGUGUUACAGUAAAGAGGGUUAAAAGUAAGAUGCAAUCAUUUUGUUGUAUAUUUGUACUAAAUGAGGAUGAAUUUGCUUUCACUUUGACAAAUAGUCUAUUUUUCUGCUGAUUAGUCGUCGUCGCUGUGAAAAUCGUAAAACCUGAACUUUAAAGGUCCAGUGUGUUGAAUUUAUGGGGAUAUAUAGGCAGAAAUUUUAUUCAUAACUAUGAUUUCAUUUGUGUGUAAUUGCCUAAAACGUAAAAUGUGUUUUUGUUACCUUAGAAUGAAUGGUUCAUAUUUACACACAGAGCGGGUCCUCUUUCAUAGAGUCAUGUUUCUACAGCAGCCACAAACCAAACGCUAGCUGGAGAUAUGUCCAUUUGUGUUUGUAGUUCUUUGCUGGAGUUCUCCUACAAAACUGGCAUCUGGGAGAAGUUUCAGUUGGUUGUAAUCUACAACCUCAUCACUAGAUAUCACCGAAUGCUACACACUGGACCUUUAAACAGGCACUGUAAGUGAGGAAGGGAAAAAAAAAAACAACAAACCACAAGUGAUCCGGUGUUAUUGUCAAGAAAUGUUUGUGAAAAUUAAUCAAAACAUCUCCUUUUGGAGGAAUUUUAUUUUUAUGUCCAGAUUUGACUGUUUAGUCCUUGUAUAUAAACUCCUUGUCAGGGAUUGUUACAUGGUUUCCCAUGUUGUAGUGAUGAUCUGUUUUUUUACAUAGAUGGCUUGAAAUGUGUUGAAAUACUUUGCAGGCAUCCAAUAAACAAAAUAAC